GUGUGUGUGUGUGUGUGGUAUUGUGUACACUGUCUGUGUGUUUGUGUGUGUGUGUGUGGUAUCGUGUACACUGUGUGUGUGUGUGUGUGUGUGUGUGGUAUAGUGUACACUGUCUCUCUCUCUCUCUGUGUGUUGGGUAUUGUGUACACUGUGUGUGUGUGUGUGUGUGUGGUAUUGUGUACACUGUCUGUGUGUUUGUGUGUGUGUGUGUGGUAUCGUGUACACUGUGUGUGUGUGUGUGUGUGUGUGUGGUAUAGUGUACACUGUCUCUCUCUCUCUCUGUGUGUUGGGUAUUGUGUACACUGUGUGUGUGGGUGUGUGUGGUAUUGUGUACACUGUCUGUGUGUUUGUGUGUGUGUGUGUGGUAUCGUGUACACUGUGUGUGUGUGUGUGGUAUCGUGUACACUUUGUGUGUGUGUGUGUGUGUGGUAUCGUGUACACUUUGUGUGUGUGUGGUAUCGUGUACACUUUGUGUGUGUGUGUGUGUGUGUGUGUGGUAUUGUGUACACUGUGUGUGUGUGUGUGGUAUCUUGUACACUGUGUGUGUGUGUGUGUGUGUGUGUGGUAUCGUGUACACUGUGUGUGUGUGUGUGUGUGGUAUCGUGUACACUUUGUGUGUGUGUGUGUGGUAUCGUGUACACUGUGUGUGUGUGUGUGUGUGGUAUCUUGUACACUGUGUGUGUGUGUGGUAUUGUGUACACUUUGUGUGUGUGUGUGUGUGUGUGUGUGUGGUAUCGUGUACACUGUGUGUGUGUGUGUGUGUGGUAUCGUGUACACUUUGUGUGUGUGUGUGUGGUAUCGUGUACACUGUGUGUGUGUGUGUGUGUGGUAUCUUGUACACUGUGUGUGUGUGUGGUAUUGUGUACACUUUGUGUGUGUGUGUGGUACUGUGUACACUUUGUGUGUGUGUGUGGUACUGUGUACACUUUGUGUGUGUGUGUGUGUGUGUGUGUGUGUGUGUGUGUGUGUGUGUAUAUAAAUGCAGUUUGCCGUCUCUCACAUCACUUUGUUGUUGGAGGAUCUUGAACUGUGGUGAGAAGGUCUUUCUGCAGCCUUCAGUCUCUUGGCAGGAAAGUGAGAGUGAAUGAAUGAGCGAGUGAGUGAGAGAGAGAGAACACACACACACACACACACACACUCUCUCUCUCUCUCUCUCUCAUUCUGUAUUUGAAUAGAAUUGGAUGGUGACUGUGGGACAGAAAGCAGAAGAAACUCGUCAUGGCUUCACACUGAAGAGGAAGAACUGAAGUAAAUUGAGGUGAAUUGAGGUGAAUUGAGGUGAAAGCCGCUCCGACCCUCAGGUUCAGAUUUUCGGAGACUUUCAGUCCCUCUCAGGUUCAGGUUUUUGGGGGAUUUGGCACCCAGGUUUGGCACAGCAGGAUGGCAGAGCCGGUGGUGGAGGAGUCGGAUUCUUUGCCCCGGAGGGAGGAGCUGCACUGGGGCUACGAGGAAGGGGCGGAGUGGGGUCUGCUGUUCCCCGAGGCCAACGGUGAGAACCAGUCCCCCAUAAACCUGAACUCCAGGGAGGCGAGGUACGACCCCCGUCUGCUGGAGGCGGGGUUAACGCAUAACUACGUGGUGUGUCGAGACUGUGAGGUCAUCAACGAUGGGCACACCGUCAGGAUCAUGCUCAAAUCCAAAUCAGUGGUGACCGGCGGUCCGUUACCCAGCGAUCAUGAGUUCGAGCUGUAUGAGGUUCAGUUCCACUGGGGCAAAGAGAACCAGAGGGGCUCCGAACACACCGUCAACUUCAAAGCUUUUCCCAUGGAGCUGCACCUCAUCCACUGGAACAGUACGCUAUUCAGCAGUGUGGACGAGGCCAUGGGUCAUAGGAGCGGCAUCCUCAUCAUCGCCCUCUUCGUCCAGAUUGGAAAGGAGCAUCUGGGACUGAAGGCCGUUACAGAGGUGUUACAGGACCUGCAGUAUAAGGGGAAGACGAAAAUAAUUCCAUGUUUUAAUCCGAACACGUUACUCCCGGAUCCGUUAUUACGGGAUUACUGGGUGUACGAAGGCUCGUUAACGACGCCCCCCUGUAGUGAGAAGGUGAUCUGGAUCCUCUACCGUUACCCACUAACCAUCUCCCAGAUGCAGAUCGAGGAGUUCCGGAGACUCCGGUCUCACGUGAAGGGAGCGGAGCUGCUGGAAGGGAACGAUGGGAUGUUGGGGGACAAUUUCCGCCCCACGCAGCCCCUCAGUGACCGGAUCAUCCGGGCAGCGUUCCAGUGACGCCUGAGAUCAACCAGCAAGAGGCCGAGGGAUGAAGAUCAGAUCUGUACGCUGAAGGUUCUCGUCCGUCCUGCUUUGAUGUGAACGUGAUCGUGUGAAGUCUGAGCCGACGCCGAGCAGCCCUGAACCCACUGACGCCGACGUUCUAAUCAAACUCUGUCCCGCCCACGUCCUCGUAACCGUCCACUACCGUAAACGCUCGAUAACACGCGACAGUAUGAGGUUCUGCGUAUCGUACGUAUAUUUAACAGUGUCGUUUAAGGUUCUUUCAUUUAUAGAUGACGGCUCUCGCUGUGGUUCAGUGGAGUCCUAAAGUCUCAGACAUACAUUCAUCAUUCAUCAUUUUCCUUCAGUUCUUUGAGCAUGUUCUGCGAUCGUGGUGUGUAGUGUUCCUGUAGAAACUUUAAGUGGCUGCUUGGCUUUAAUGGAAGGAUUCGAGAGGUGCUACCCACCGAGCCACCGUGCCACUGCAAUUUUAUCAGCAAAACUGGUGGAAAAUGUAUAUAUAUAUAUAAAUAUAUGUUUGAAAAUUGGUACACAGCCAUCUUCAAGGCUUUCAGGACUCCACUGAACCACAGCGAGAGCCGUCAUCACUGAAAGAAAGAGAGUUAAAAGAAACAGUGGUGUAACUAUGUAAUGUAAACCUCAUAUUGUUGAACAUUAUCGACACAUCAUCAAGCAUCUCAAAUCAGCUCAAAGUCAUUUCCGAGGCUUUUAGGACUCCACUGAACCACAGCGAGAGCCGCCAUCUCUAAAACAAAGAAACUUAAACGAAUGCUGUUAAAUUUGCAAAUGCGCAAAUGUUUACGUUUACUUUUUAAAUGAACAUUUUUAAAUAUAAGUUGUUGUUGGCUGAGCAGUUCAGGUACCGAACUGUUAAUCAAGCAUUCGAACCCUGAACCUGAUUCAGUCCUUAACCCUCAGUUGUGAGCUGCACUCGGUAAAAGCUUCUGUUUCGCUAAAAGUCAUAAACGUUAGGAUUAAUUAGCCUGCUAACAUGAAGACGCUAACGCUAAUACAAAUGCUAAUUUGUAUGGAAAGAUUGCAAACUACCCUCGAACUUCUCAACCGGACGGAAACCUCAUCAGGCUUUCUUGACUGAAAUCAGCAUCCAGUCAGACAACGGGCACAAAUUCCCAUACUCCUCAGAACAUGGACAUCCUUCUCAUGGGUUUUUGAUGAAGUGGUCACACAGAGGUCACUAUUUUAAUACCGUUUGGGUUUUGAAGCGAUUAAACACUACGCUAACACUGAUACAAGCUGCUCUGGGUUCGACCCCGGGUGUGAAGUGCGGUAUAGUUUGUUGACUCUGAGGUCACGUGUUUAAAUGUUUGCAGGUUUUCCGUCGUUUCGUGUCGCGUCUCAUAAACAAUCUAAAAUAUUUAUAAAGUUGAGCUCAUAAUUCAGUCAUUUAAUUUAUAAUCGGAGUAGAAUAAUAACGUGACUGUAACGUUUCAUCUUUAUUUUAGACCCUCAGUUAUUAACGUCCUUUAGUUAUUGAUCAGACGUGCAGUGAGAUGACUGUGUUUGCACUGCGGUCCUGUUAUGGCAUCAAUAAGAUCAUGUUUACCAUCAAAGAUACUAAUAAAAUCAUUCAAACAAAA